AUGUCCUUGAACUAUUUGAGAAACGCUAGAAAAAUUCUAUGUAUCGGUCGUAAUUAUGCUGCUCAUAUCCAAGAAUUAAACAAUGCAAAACCAUCUCAACCUUUUUAUUUCUUAAAGCCUUCAUCAUCAAUCCUUAAACCAAACUCUGGUCCAAUUUUGAUUCCAAAGGGGACUGUUGUUCAUCAUGAAGUUGAAUUAGCCAUUGUUCUUAACAAAACUUUAAAAAAUAUAAAUCCAGAUACAUUUACAAACCAAGAUGCUUUAGAUGCUAUUGAUGGUUAUGCAUUAGCUAUUGAUUUAACUGCAAGAAAUGUUCAAGAUGAAGCUAAAAAGAAAGGUUUACCUUGGUCAAUUGGUAAAGGUUUUGAUACAUUCUUACCAUUAUCAAAUUUCAUACCAAAAAGUUUAAUUCCAGAUCCUUAUAAAGUCAAUUUACAUUUAGAAAUUAAUGGUGAACAAAAACAAAAUGAUCUUACAUCAUUGAUGAUUUUCCCAAUUCAUAAAAUUUUGAGUACUAUGAGCAGCGUUAUGACUUUAGAAAAAGGUGAUGUGAUCUUAACUGGUACUCCAAAGGGUGUUGGUAAAGUUGUUCCAGGUGAUCAUGUUACUGCUGGGUUAAGUAUUAAUGGUGUGGAAGUUGAAGAAGGUAAAUUAGAUCUUCAAGUUGAAGAAAAACCAGGUCCAUAUCAAUAUAAAGAAACUUAA